AUGGCUUUCCAUCUGCUGGAAAAAGUAAAGUCAGAGGCCUACCCCACACCAAACACAAACAUGAAUCUCCAGCUGGACCAAGAUCUAAACACAAGCCUGAGAAGGCGCUCCCACUGCUCGGGGAUGGGCGUGUGGGGCGGGCAGAUGGGAGCGGUGAUGGAGGACGCGGGCCGGGAGGGCGAAGUCUCAGAUUCCCGGGCGAGAUCUGGGGUCGUGCAGCAGGCUGGGUGUGGAGAGGCUUCCAGGGGAGGCGUGGGGUCGGGCCGCCUCGGGCUGGGGUGUGAGCGGACCAGGAGGGGCCGAUGGGAGAGUUGGGGUGGGGUGGGGUCAGGAGCCCCCCCGAAGUUCAGAGGGCUCCUGGCGGGUGAGCCAGCCCCUCUCGGGUUCUUUGGGCCCCUCCAGCUCGGUAGCGCAGCGGGCAAGGCAGGUGCCGUGGCCCUGACCGAAGGGGUGGGUGAUGAGGUGACCGUCCUUCUCGCGGUGCGUGCCUGCCUUCCGGUGCUGGCUCUCGCCUGGGCCUCAACACACACUGCCGAGGGCGCUGACCCACUGCCCCAGCCGUCAGGGACCCCGCCACCGACACAGCCCAGAGGAGCCAUGGCGGUCACCGACAGCAUCGGAGGGGAGGCCCCAGGAGCCGAGACCCCCAGCCUGAGACACAGAGGUCAGGCUGCACAGCCAGAGCCUGGCGUGGGGCUCCCAGCAACGCCGCCGCCUCCAGACACCCCCCAGGAGCCCCCAGUACUGCGGCUGAAAUUUGUCAACGAUUCAGAGCAGGUGGCCAGGGCCUGGCCCCAUGACACCAUCGGCUUGCUGAAAAGGACCCCAUUUCCUGGCCGGGAACAGCACGUGUGACUCAUCUACCAAGGGCAACUGUUGGGAGACGAUACCCAGACCCUGGGCAGCCGUCACCUCCCUCCUAACUGCGUUCUCCGUUGCCAAGUGCCCACUCGAGGGUCUCCCACACCCACCUGCCCACUGGGCUCAGAGCCAGGCCCCUCCGGGCUGGCAGCAGGCAGCCCACUGCUGCUCUGGGACGGCCAGAUCCAGUACCGGCCCUUCGUUCCCCGGACCGCCACUCUGGGUCUGGCCGGCUUCACCCUGCUCCACAGUCUCCCGGCCUUUGCCAUGUUCCGCCCGUCUUGCCUCCACGGGCUCUUGGCAGUGUGGCUGGCCCCUCCGGACCUUGCUCCCCACGGCACGGUGGGAGCUGCUGUCUGCCCGGGCCUGCCUCUGCGGCCUGCCUCUUCCCGCUACCCUGGAGCCCAGCCCUGCGCCGCAGAGCGCUCCCGGGGCCAGCGGAGGCCCCUCCCUGUGACCUUCGUGGCUCUGGGCCAUCCCCCGGGGCAGCUGGCCCUCUGCACCCACUAA